UCCAAUGCUUAUAAACAUAACAAAGCCCGUUGAAAUGACAUAAAAACUUGUUUUCUUCCCGCCAUGGUAUCUCUGUGUCCAACAACCCUAUCAUCCCCUUUCCACUCCAAAACCCUAAAACUCAAUUCAUAUCCGCAAAACGCUAACCACAGACCAUUUAGUCUUCUCCCUCUCUCCGCUGUCGCUUCGAGGUCUGGCUAUGAAACCGAAAGGGGUUUCGAUUUUGAAAUCGGAGACACCUUCUUCAGGCACGAAAGUGCUACCGGCCGGGAUCUCGGUGUUCUCGCUGCUGCUCUAUAUAAGAAGAAAAACGAUAACCUACGAGUUCUUGAUGCAAUGUGCGGUUGUGGAAUUCGAUCCCUGCGUUACUUAUCUGAAGCCCAAGCGGAUUUCGUGUUGGCCAACGACGCAAAUGAAGAUUGCAACGGUGUUAUAGUAUCGAAUUUAUCGACAGUUUCGAGUGAGGAGGAGGGGAGGUGGAAGGUGAUUCAUUCAGUUGCGAAUCGAGUUUUGGCGGAGAGAUAUGUGGAGAGGGAUUAUUUCGAUUUCAUUGAUGUUGAUUCGUUUGGGAGUGAUUCCAGUUUCUUCAGGUGUGCAUUUGAUGUUGUUAAGCUUGGUGGAUUGCUUUACGUUACGUCAACCGACGGGUUCUCUUCCGGUGGCCAUCGUCCUAACCAUUCUUUAGCUGCUUAUGGAGCGUAUAUUCGGCCGCUGCCAUACUCAAAUGAAAUCGGGUUACGGAUGCUAAUAGGAGGUGCAGUGCGUGAGGCUUCUGUUUUGGGUUAUCAUGUAUCACCACUUUUCUCAUAUUAUUCAUAUCAUGGUCCUGUCUUCAGAGUUUUGCUACGUGUAAACCGAGGAAAGCCGCCCCAUGGCAUGCAUUAUGGGUUUAUCUGCUACUGUGAUUGUUGUGGAAACUCUCAAGCUAUUUCAUGGGACAAGCUUGGUCAGAUAAAGUGUCCUUGUGGAUCAGAUGUCCCUGAUUCACUGGUUGUUUGCGGGCCACUUUGGACAGGGCCUCUUCAUUGUGCAGAGUUUCUUGCAGAAAUGCUUAGUUUGGCAGGAGAAUGGGGAUGGGUGGGCAAUGACACCAUAAAUGAUCUUGAUAAGCUGUUGAAGCGGAUGAUUGAUGAAAGUAAUCCCGAUUUAUCAUUUGGUUUCAUCAAACUUGAUGAGAUAGCAAGUCGUGCUAAGGUCAAUUCUCCUCCUAUUGUGACAGUAAUGAAUGCCAUUCACCAGGAGGGAUAUGGUGUUAGUAGAUCCCACAUUUCGAAUAAUGCGAUCAAGACAAAUUGUCCCAUGUCGGAGUGUAUUAGGAUCGUGAAGGGACUCCAACAGCAACAGCUGUGAGUUUUUUACCAAAGAUGUUGUAGAGAAACAGACAUUGAUUGGGAAUGGUUACUUUGAUCAGAAUAUACAAGAAUAUGAUAUAGAGUCGAUGUUGCUUUCUUUCUCAAUGGUCAAUGGUCAAUGGUGAUGGAUUGAACCCCAGGUAACCUAGGGUUUGGUGCUGCGGGUGCCAAUAGACAAUCACAACCUCAGGAAACAAAAACAUUUUCAGCAAUUUGAAAGAAUUGAAAUAACUUGUGUGUUAAGUUGGCAGGAAAUGGAAAUCUCCUCUAAAUAUCUGUUUGGUAGACAAAUAUUAAAUAACAAACCACAAAACAUAUAUUUAGUUAAAGAGUAGAGAGAGAAUAUUUCUAUAUAGAAAUACAAGAAAGAAAAAAUAAUAAUAACUUGAAAUCAGUGGAAUAAACAAGUAACCCAAAUGUUUACAGUAUCAGUAGGAUGAUUUUGUAACCAACACCCAACAAACAUAAACCAGGAUCAACUGUUAGUUUUUUUGAACGAACAGAAACUAGAAAAGGGAGUUUACAAGAAGCAAGAAGCAAAAAGCAAAACAACAGGACAUGGGUUUAUACAUGUUUUGCAAUUUGCAUACAUACACAAAGGCCAA